GUAAUUACGCAGAAGAGAUAAAAGGGCAAAAUCCCCUCCAGAUCAAAUCUUCACUAGUAGUCUAGACCCUCAAUAAAAGUUCGAUCCGAUCGAUUUUUAGUUGCAUAAACCCCAAUCAACAACGCCCAUGACAGUACUAGAAGUGGAAGCGCCGAGCCCAAUGAGGUAUAUGAUGGGAGCAGCUGUAAUGAUGAUCGGAGUUGUAUUGCCGCUUGCUUAUAUGAUGUUUAGGAACAAGCGUGUUCCUUCCUCUUCUUCUUACGCUAAACAGACGUAGGAACAAGGUUCUUAUAUAGAACGUGGAGGCAUACGGAAAACAAGUCUUUGAAAAGGAGAAGGAGAAGAGCACAAGAGGGUGGUACCUCAUCAACUCUUGUAAAAGCAUUGUACUUAUUUGGUUCCAGCUCUGCUGAACUAUAUGGUUUAUUUUUUCUGAUUCAAUUAAAAACAAAUGAAAGGAAAAGGAUAGUUUAUAUAGUUUCCCAGUGUUUAGUUCGUGUUUUCCUCUCAAUGAUAUAGUUUAGCUUCCUAAUCACGGAUCAAAUAGAAAGGAAACCUAGUGCCCCUGUAUUCUUAUUCUUAUUAUCUCCUUUAUUGCGAGUUGUUAUCGUGAUUUCUA